CAUUCGCGGUGACAGUUGCGCAAGCAGUGAUAAAAGUAUCGGUUCGCAUAGUGACUUCUAUAAACAUGAGUGAAUGUUUACUAAUAAAUCUAUUAACGAUCAUUGGCUGCUAUGCACUUAUAUGUUAUCUUUACGAUAAUUUGAAGUCGCCUUAUAUAUUAAUACGCGAUUAUGUGAACCAAAAGUUUUUUGGUAAAAAGUUGAAAAGUUUGACCGAAAGGUUUGGCAAAUGGGCAGUUGUUACUGGUUCCACAGACGGCAUUGGUAAAUAUUAUGCCCGAGAACUCGCACGAAAAGGAUUUAACGUAGUUCUUAUAUCUAGAACUGAGUCUAAAUUGAAAGCUAUAGCUAGUGAAAUUGAAAAAGAAUUCGGUGUGGAAGUAAAAAUAAUUGUAGCAGAUUUUUCACACGGUGCUAAGAUAUACAAGACCAUCGAAGACGCCUUAGAUAAUAUUCCAAUUGGAUUAUUAGUUAAUAACGUAGGGCAUAGUACACCUGAACAAGGAAUGAUGUUUGCAUUUAGUUCUAAAGAACUUUGGGAUGUCAUUAAUGUUAAUAUCGGUGCAGUAACUGAAUUAUCACGUUAUUUUCUACUACGCAUGCAACAGUCUGGUAUAAAAGGUGGUAUCGUCAAUGUAUCUUCUUGCACAGAAUUGUGUCCAGUACCUCAUGGCGCUAUAUAUGCAGCUUCGAAAGCAUACAAUCGUAGUCUGACCCUGGCACUACAAUAUGAGGCGCGUCGCUAUGGCAUACACGUACAAUUAUUAUCACCACAUUUUAUUGUCACAAAACUAAAUUCGUACUCGACAUCAAUAAUGCGCGGCAAUUUAUUCAUACCAGAUCCAGAGACAUAUGCUCGUUGGGCAGUAUCAACUAUAGGACGGGUUGAUAAAACUACUGGUUAUUUUUGGCAUGGUGUACAGUACGCUGCCGCAAAAGUUUUACCAACAUAUAUCAUCACGUUUCUCGUCGAGGUAUUUGCACCGAGUGUAGUGGACCGGCUAAGAGUAUUAUAGACAAAACUAGACUUAAUCAUUUUUUUGGAAUAAUUUAGAAUUCACGGGCGUUUUUUAAUUAAUAUUAUGGUUAUAUAUUAUAACUGUAGCUGUAGUGGAAAAGGGGAUAAAACUAAAAGUACGAUGUGUAUAUGUACUAUUAAAUUGCCAUAGAAGUUUUUACAAAAUAGACUAAGCAACACGCAUGUGACAAAAUGGAGAAACUCACCGAGCUCAAAUAUUUGUCAUAUUAAUUAUGAAAUUAAUUGACUAAACACUUACUUUAAUUAAAAUUAGUUUUUAGUAAUUUUUGAAAGUAACAGCAAAAAUAAAAACUUAAUAAAGGCAAGUAGCAAAUGAACCAUAUCUUUGAACUCUAACAUUUGAUAUAGACCUUUACUACAUAAUAUUGUAUUA